AUGCCACUCAUCACCGAAUGCGCAAAACGAUGCUACUCCGGCUCCAAGGGGAACUAUCAGUCAAGGAUUUGUGGACUCGGCGAAAGUGAUGACAAAUAUGUGUGCCAGAAAUUCGUGUGCGAAGGCGGGAAAUCUCCGGAAGCGGCUCGUGUGCUCGCUGUGAAACCGACAAUUGCAAUAAUUAGAGAGCCACCGAACCGUGGACCACUCGUGCGUGUUCCGAUAAUAUCACUUCUGUUCCCUGUGGUGCUUCGG